AUGUCUCGCGUACUUCGAGGUCGUGCCGCAGAGGCCGGUGAAGAGGACAAGAAAGAAGAUGGCGGACGACUAGUGAGACAAAGACGAGUCACGGAUCGAUUCGGACAGAGCCAGGUAACUUCAAGCGAUAUCCCGGAGUCUCGAAAACACCAUAGGCUCAGGCGACUCAACGACAAUUCUUACCGGCCCACGCGUCAUCAAGCCAGUGACAAUCGUAAACUUUUCAGAGACGCCUCAGAAUCCGAUCUUGAAAAAUCGCAUCGCCCACGUACUCGCCGUCAACGCUGUGCUCAUAACCCCCACACUACUGGCAUGGACAAUUUUCGAGCAGCGAACUCUCCCAGCCCCGCCUCCGAGUCCUCGUAUGGUGAAGCUCCUGCAGACGAGGUCCUGUCCUCCCUGAUGCAAGUCGCGCCUGGCACACUGCCUGCGGCCUUCGACAUACGCACAUUCCUAGCGGCUGCCCCGCAGAAGAAAGUCAAGAAGCAACCUCCACCACCGCCCGACGUUGAGCCGAUGCCUCUUGACCUAUGGGAACUUGCAAAAGAACCUAUGCCCGCUGCCUUCGAAGAAUCUCAUGACCAAAUAUGGAUGGCUGGCGUAGUAUGGCUCCACCAUGUCUUGCAAGAAGGCAACACCGAGCCUGGAACCGCUCAGACAACAGUUCGAAGAGGCCAGGAGGUGGUGUUUGUGCCGCAGAGACGACAUGAAAGGGUGGUCUGGUUCACUCCAGUGCGAGGAUCCAACAUAUGGGGCUGUCUGCGUUGUCUGUUCCAGAGAGCACUCCAAUUCUUCACGCAGUACCCCCGGUCAUUGCUCAAUGGUGUCACAGACCUAGACCAUUCCGCCAUCACCACACGGCUGCAGAAGAUUGUGGACGACAUCGACCUCACUGUGCAGCGAUGGAAGUUGCAGCAGACGGGUUCAGACUCCGACUAUCAUCCCGAGGUCGAUACUAACAACCCGCGCCGCAUCCUCGCUGGCGCCCCUCGAGUGUGUGUGCCCAAUGGGAGGUGGUCUCAGGCUCGUUCUGUUUCCUCUCAGCCCGACUACAGCGAUGACUCGAUGGUCUUUUCGAGCGUCUCCGAUGGUGCUGAUAGAUACGGUGUAUGUGGCACUGGUACGGGCGACUAUGAUGAAGGGGAUCGUCAUGAGGAUACCGCUGGCGAAGAUCUUGCUGGAGAGGACACGGCCGGAUGGGAUGCAGACGAUGAAGGUGUCUAUGACCAUCCUCAGGGUGCAAGCCAUUGA